GUAAUAAUGCAGUCAAUGUGGAUCUACUGGUUGCUUGUGUUUUUCCACUGCAAAAGCACAGGAUUAUCAGCAGUAGUGCGUGCCGGAAUGGAAAGGAACAGUAGUGGUAUUCAAGUAUUCAAGAAUCCAAAUAGCCAUUGCCCGCUUGGUCCGACGUCCCAUGGUAUAUAUACUGUAGUCCUACCGAGCUUAGAUCCUUUUAAAGUUUACUGCGAUGAAGAAAUUGCGGGUCCUGGCUGGACUGUGAUCGCCCGUCGAACUAAUGGAGAGCUUAAUUUCUUCCGCAACUGGACGGAGUACAAGAGGGGAUUCGGAGACGUUAGGGGCGACUUCUUCAUAGGAUUGGAUAAGCUGCAUGCCAUAACGAAAUUACAGUCCCACGAGCUAUAUGUAAACCUGGAGGACUUUGAGGGAAACACGCGAUUCGCCAGAUACGACGAGUUCUACAUCGAAAGUGAAAAUGACUUAUAUCGAAUGUCAAAGUUGGGCGCCUUCACUGGGGAUGCGGGUGAUUCGAUGAAAAAGUGCAGGAACCAGAAAUUUUCCACCUACGACAGGGACAACGAUCAGUGGGAGAAUGGUAAUUGUGCACUGUACCGCAUGGGUCCCUGGUGGCACAGAGUUGAAAGGGAUAAGUGA